AUGAUAAGAAGAAGACAAGUUAAGAAAAAGGGGCGAGAAGAUGUCAAAUCCGAGACGCCGCAUCCAGGGGCCGCACAUAACAUCUCUGCAGCUGAUAUCAGGCAGACAGCCAACCAGAGAGCCAGCCAGGCCCAGCGCCAGAACCAGGCAGUCCGGGCCCAGGAAGAACAGGAAGAAGCCAGGCUAGCAGGAGAUGCAGCGCAGGAAGCACUAGCAGACAAUGAAGCUGAAGCUGAGGCCGAAGCUGAGGCAGCAGCUGAAGCAGCAGCCCAGCAGGCCAAAGCCAGGAAACGCAAACGCACCGCAGCCACGGCAGCAGCAACAGCCAAAGCCAAGGCAAUGGCAAAGGCCAAAGCGAGACGUCGAGGACAGGAUGUCUCUGACGACGACGAUGAUGAGGACUACGAGGAGGCGUUUAACCAGGCACGCGUACCCGCGCCGGGCCAGCUGGCCAACUGCGAGCUGUGUGAUAAGCGGUUCACGGUGACCGCGUACAGCAAGACGGGACCCGACGGCGGGCUCCUGUGCACCCCUUGCGGCAAGCAGAUGGCGGCUGACGAGAAGAAGGCCCAAACCCAAGCCGAAGAGGCAGAGAGCCAGGGCGACGAGACAGAUGAACAGUAA